AUGGGUGUUCAAUUCUCACAAGUCUUUCCACCUUGUCCAACCUUCACUGUGGACAACCUUCCUGAUUUAUCCAAUAAAGCGAUUAUCAUCACAGGAGCAGCCUCAGGUAUCGGAUUAGAACUCGCUAAAAUCCUCCAUCGAAAGGGGGCGAAGAUCUAUAUGAUGGGCCGAUCCGAAGAGAAAGCCAAAGAAGCAAUAAACGCCAUCCAAGCUGCAAAUGCAGGUACAAGUGGAGAGCUAGUCUUCCUUCCCCUCCACCUCGACAACCUCACAUCUAUCAAAGACUCCGUCCAGGCUUUUCAAGAAAAGGAGUCCAAACUAGACCUGCUCGUUAACAAUGCGGGCGUUUCUCAGCCCCCUCGAGGCAGCGUCUCAAAGCAGGGCUUCGAACUUCAACUUGCGACCAACUGCCUAGGACCGUUCUUCUUGACUCGCUUACUGCUUCCUCUUCUUGAAGUCAGCGCUAGUAAUUCUUCACCUGGAUCCACUCGCGUCAUCUGGACGAGCAGCCAGAGUGUUGAGUUCUCUCCCCUGCCAGAAGUGAUCGUCAUGGCUCAUCUUACCAACCCCCCGAAGGAUCAGAUCGCCAACUACAAUGCCUCGAAGCUUGGUAACUGGUGCUUAGCAGCGGAGAUGGCACGACGGUAUGGCGGGAGGGAAAUACUGAGCGUGGCGCAGAACCCCGGCGCAGCAAAUACAAAUCUUCUGCGUAACUCCCGUUUGAUGAAGUUCUUUUCAAGACCCUUACUGCAUAGUCCUGUCUUGGCAGCUCAUACUGUUCUGUACGCGAGCUUCUCCCCCGAUAUCAGUCUUGAUAAUCAUGAUACCGCGUAUGUUAUACCCUGGGGUCGCUUGCAUCCUGGCGUGGCAGAGAACUUAAAGCGCACAGUCGAAAGGGAAGGAAACGGUGGAUCAGGUCGAGCGAAGGAAUUCUGGGAAUUUUGCGAGCAGGAAACGACAGAAUAUGCUUAA